AUGGCUGCAAUGCGGAAGUGGUCUGCUGAGCAGAGAAAACGCAUUGUCGAGAAUUUCCACCAGAAACGGGAAUUUCAAAGAAAAAGAAUGGAAAAAGCAACAACUCCAGAGAAGCUUCAGCGUCUUGCUCCACUGAAACUUGCUUACACUCUUGCGAAACACAACAUUUUUUUGUCAAAGUCCUCAUGCAUUGUCGAGUUUUCCCGAGCUGCCGAUCCAACAUCAAAGGUGCUUGAAAAAAUGGCUGCAGGAAGAACAACAAUUACUAACGGGGUAAUCGAUAUACGCGAGAAAGUACUGAUUUCAGAAACAAAAAGUACGAUCUGUGCUUCUCCUUUCUGGUCAGUAGUUAUUGACGAGUCACUUGACGUUACAACUAAGGAACAGAUGAUAGUGUAUGCUCGAUGCAUUGACCUUCAAACAUGCGAAGUGGCUACCAAUUUAGUGUGCCUUCAUCGUCUGUCUGGCCACCCGGAUGCCGAAAAUAUCGCUUCGUCGCUUCUUGAUGUGCUAGGCGAAUCAGGAUUCAAUUUGCCUCUUGAUCGUCUUGUCUGUUUAUCAACGGAUGGGGCCUCAGUUUUACGAUCCCCGAUUAACGGCGUUAUUGCCAAGCUAAGAGAACGUCUAGACAAUCCGUUGCUGCUUUCACAGCACUGUUGCACUCAUCGACUUGUACUCUGUGCUAAAGAUGCUAGAAAAGAACUGCCAAAGUUUGUUGAAAAAACAAUUGAAUCAAUCAUGAACUACUUUCAAGGAAGUGCCGUACGAAGAGACAAGUUUGGAGAGCAUCGAGUCAAAUCAUUGGAAGAUUUGACUGAUCCCGAGGGAGCGUACAUGACGCUAGUUACGUACCAUAAGGUUCGCUGGUUGUCAUUAAGCGACUGCGUGCAACGACUUUGGGAUUUGCUUCAGCCACUUGUAACUUUCUUCGAAGAAGAAAUAGGCGACCAGCGAAAUCAAUCCAAAGUCAGAAAGUUAGCUGCGGAUCUUCACGAGCAAAUUUUAAAGCCGGAGUUCCAUCUAUAUUUGAGCUUUCUGGAGAAACCUCUUCGCGAUUUGGCUGCUGUGAAUCGCCAUCUUCAAACACGAAAUCAAACACUUUACACAACGUGCUGUGGAAUUCUCGCUCUACAACGUACAUUGAGCUACUACGUGAAGUCCAACGAUGCUGACGGCCAAGAGAAAGAGAGGUCUGUGAGAGAAGCAGUGUCACUUGCUGGAGGAGAAGGUUUCCGCAAACUGCUGAAGGAAACAGAAGACAACGCAUUGCUAAAUACGCGUGAAAUUCAGGCAGCUUUAAAGUCUAUGCACAAUUUUCUUCUGCAGACAGUGGAAAGCAUCUCAAGGCGCUUUUCAGAACUGGAUUUCUUUGUACAAAAAUGUCAGAUGCUGGAUCCGGUAAAUAGACGACGAGUUCAGGCGAAAGAUCUUCAGGCAAUUGCAGUAAAAUUCAAGCAUUCUGCGAUCGACGAAGAGCUAGUGUCACGUCAGGCAGUGACCUAUUCAUUUGACGAAAGUUUGGACUUACUCUAUACAGAACAGUGUGGGAUGUCAGCAGUGAAGUUUUUCAUCAGUCUUCUUCACAACGAGAACUACUGUGAAAUAGGCAAGUUGGCCCUUCUCCUGUAUUCCUUAGCGCCGGAUAGCGUUGAAGCUGAACGUGGAUUUAGCUUGAUGAAUAUAACAAAGAAUUGUUCUCGCAAUAGGCUUGGUCAACGUACGAUAAACGCGAUUAUGGCGAUAGCUUCAGACAGUAGAGGAAUGGACACAUUUCCUUUUGAUAAGGUGCUGAAUAAUAAUGUCCUUUUUAGUGAUGCUUAUUGUUGA